UUAACAUUUACGGAGCUGUAAUUGUAAUUUAAUUUUGUUUGAUUGAAGUUCUAGUUUUACAGGCUAACAAUAGCAAUUUUAGUUUAUUUUAUAUUGUUUUUAAAUAAAUUUAAUAAUUUGUUAAUUCGGAAAGGCUUUAUAACACUAAUAAUGAGUAGUCGUAGUCGAUCUCAUAGUCGUAGCAAAGCCAAAGGUAAUUCGCGAAGUCCCCGCAACAAUCGCAGACGACGAAAAUUUACAGAAGAACCGUCGAAACAACAUCGAACUGCUAAUCCGGAGGACAUUCACGCACCUGGAAGGACUGAUAGGGAAAGAAAGAAAGGUCCAAAUAAUAGGGAGAAUGCCAGGAACAGAGAUGUUGAACACCCGACAACUCAUAAAAGACAGAGAGAAAGAGAUAGGGACAGAGACAGAAGUCACUCACCGGUGCCACACAAAAAGGAAAAAGUUGUCGAUGGCCGUAAUGAUUACCCUAAAAGUAGAAGAGAGGAAAUGAGCAGACGUGAAAAGGUAUCUGCCUAUGAUGGCCUGGCAGACCUUCAACCUGCAUCCUCCAACAAAAAAGAUGCUGACACAGAUGAAUACAGCAACUCCAUCACAAUUCAUCACUUUGAUACGACAGAAUUCUCACUUGACGAUAGAUUCUCGGCACUCUCAACAUCUAUUAAUCAUCUGGACGUUGACAAAACGAUAUCAGUCGAAAUAGAAAGAAAAAUAUCAGGCAGGGAGCCAUUUAAAGUGCCAAAAGUCCUAAACCCCAAGGCAGUUUGCAUUCCUAAAAAAGCUCUAGAAAAUAAGAAACUAUUCAACCUGAGGUCAGAGUUCAAGUUUCUUGAAGCAGGUGAUGAUAGUAUGCAAAGUUUCAGCAGUGUUUUUGAAAAGUGGGGAGGUUCCAAAUUUCAAAAUGACGCUGACAAGGAUGGCGGAAAAGCAGAUUUUAAUAAUUUUAGAAGGGUUGGUGACAGAGGGAGAGGCUUUGGAGGGGGUGGCAGAAAUUUUGGUGGGGGAGGGAGAAAUUUUGGUGGUGGCAGAAAUUUUGGUGACGGUGGGAAGAGGUAUGAGGAUGACAGGAGAAGAUAUGAUGACGGUGAUAGAAGGCAUAAUGAUGAUGAAAGAAAAGAUGAUGCUAGAAGAAGGAGAGAUGAUGGUGUGGGUGAGAGAAGAAGAGAUGAUGGUUUGGGUGAGAGAAGGAGGAGAGAUGGUGAUGUAGUUGAAAGAAGGAGAAGAGAGGAUGAUGGUGGCAUGAGAAGGAGGCGAGAUGACGAUGAUGACAGGAAUCAAAAUCAACAACUACCUGAUUUUUCGAAGAGGCCUGGAAAAUAUUCUUACGACAACUGGAAAGAUCGACCCGACAUGAUUCCUAAAAGUGGGAGAUACUUUGAGCACGAUGACAGAGAAAGAGAUGAACAUGGACUGGUGGAACAAAGAGUUCGUAGGCCAGGCGGAAGAGGUUUUGUAAGGAAAGGUAAUUGGACAUCGAGGUCAGACUUCAGCCAGUGGAAGCAUGAUAAGUUUGAAGAGUUGGAAAAUGAUGGUGGUGAACAUGAUCAAGCUAUCACUACGUGAUAGUCCAUGUUUAGUCCGUUUAAAUUUUGCUGUGGAAUUCCUAAAUUUUCAUUUUUAUUUACUUUCUAGUUACGUCGUUGUAACUCUUCGAAGCUUAAAUAAUUCCGAUUAAAUUUGUCUGUAGAGUGAAGUGGAAGUGGACAGAUUCGUCUCAUUUGGCUUGGUUUUAUGUUUCAGUUGUUGGCUCUUGUAAUGAAUGAUGCUAUUGUUUCUGUUGUGUUUGGCUUGUUUUUUUUUUUAAUUCCCAGUUAAUUUGGGAGAAUAUAAACGAUGAACUCGUCGAGAAAUUGUUAUUAUUUGUUAUAUAUGUAUAUGUGAUUGAGGUCUUAGGAUUUGUUACAUGUUAAACGACUGUCAUCUCUUUUUCUGGUUCAUUGAAAAAAUUUCAUUGAAUUUUCUAUAAAAAAAAGAUAAGAAAGUAAAUAAAAUUUUGUUAAUAAAA